AUGUCGAGACCUCUCAGUCUCCUACGCCUUACUCAAAAGCGGCUCUCGAAGCUCUCCCCAACUUCAACAUCCCAAACGCAACUUGUCACUACAACCUAUACAAUUCAGAAUAGCUCUCGAUGGUUGGCAACUGUCAACGCUGGACUUAGAGUCCUACCGGAUGUAUGGUUCACCGGCUCAGUACCCCGCAAUGAUAGCCCAACUUAUAAUCCCAACGAUCCGAAUAAAUCCCCCAAAAACGAGAGAACAGUCAAACUAGGGAAAACUCUCCGCAUUCUCCAAGAUCGCCUCCCAACCCUUCUUCAAUCACCCCUCCCUCAAGAAAUUCUCUCCCCCCAAAUAACUCUCCACCUCUUCCCCUCCACGCACCCCCAUCUCCCCACUGUUUCCGGCCGUGUCGCCUAUUCCGCCGCUCUCUGGACUUCUCCUAUUGCCUGGGGCCGCGUCCCUCUCGUCGGAAAUGUCAAGCUUGAAAUACUGUCCGAGCGGAUGAGUCAAUCUUCAUCUAGGGGAUCAAAUCACGAACAGUUAAUUGUGCGAUGGAGAACCAUUGGCAAGACGAAAAAUAAAGGGACGGGAGGUUUUUACAAGGGGAUUGGGGCAAGGGAGAAUGUGGAUAAAAUUACAGAGUGGUUGGCCGGUGGAAGUGGAGAGGAUGAUAGUAAGGAGUUUACUGGACUUUUCCUCUUUGAAUUCGAUGAAAAGGGGAGGAUUUGGUCGCAUACUAUUGAACAUGUGCAAGAAGGGGGAAACUGGGAAAAGGGGGUUGGAGCUAGAGUUGUAGGGCUGACUGACUGGUUGUUGGGGGGUAUGAGGAAUGGGAGAGGUGAUGAAGGGGCUCCUUGUCCGGCAUUUUGGGGACCAGAGCAGGAUGUGAGGAGGAGAUGA